UCUAUUUUAAAAAAAAAAACAUUUCUUUAGUUGUGUUGUAUAUCUUUAGCACAGUUUUAUGACACUACAAUGAAUUUGGAGUUGUAAUUCUUUAAUUUAAGAUGCUAGUACAAAUUCUGUAAUAAAAUGCUAUAAUUGACUGCCAAGUCUUAUGAAUUGGAAACAUGUCUGUGUUCAAGAUGUUGAUGAUAUUAUUAAAGAAAGGGAAACAUGUUUUCAUCCAAUAAACUAUAGUGCCUCUCCAUAUUUCUUAUAUCUGUGGGAUUGACUAAAUAUUUUAUGUCUCAGAUAUAAUUAAAGAACAGAAUAAAGAGCUAAGAGGUACACAGAGGGCUAUAGUGAGAGAUCGAGCAGCUCUGGAGAGACAGGAAAAACAACUGGAGUUGGAAAUCAAGAAAAUGGCUAAAACAGGAAACAAAGAAGCAUGUAAGGUUCUUGCAAAACAGCUUGUGCAGCUGAGAAAACAGAAGACUCGAACCUAUGCUGUUAGUUCAAAAGUUACAUCCAUGUCAACUCAAACAAAACUGAUGAAUUCGCAGAUGAAGAUGGCAGGAGCAAUGUCAACUACAGCAAAGACAAUGCAAGCUGUUAAUAAAAAGAUGGAUCCACAAAAGACAUUGCAAACUAUGCAGAACUUCCAGAAAGAAAACAUGAAAAUGGAAAUGACAGAAGAAAUGAUCAAUGACACCUUGGAUGAUAUCUUCAAUGAUUCUGAUGAAGAACAGGAAAGUCAGGAUAUUGUGAAUCAAGUCCUUGAUGAAAUUGGAAUUGAAAUAUCUGGAAAGAUGGCCAAGGCUCCAUCAGCUGCCAGAGGCAUGCCAUCUGCAUCCACGUCCCAAAGUGCCACAAUUUCAGAUGAAGAGAUUGAACGGCAGCUCAAAGCCCUGGGAGUAGAUUAACCUUAUAGUGACAUGCAGCCUGCCUUCUACAAUCACUCCAGUGUCGGGAUACACAUGAACAUCCGACACAGGCUUCAAUAAAAACCAAAUUCCCUUGCAAACCUUGCAUAAGCCUUUACUGGUUACAGUAAACUCUAAGAACAGUUGGAAAAGCUAUAGUUACACUUUAUUGAAAAGAAUAAUGUCAAGUGUGUGAAAAGUGCAGAAUUUGAAUACAUUUGACCAAAUUUGGAUCUACUGUAAAUGGGAGCAUCAAUUACAUGUGAUCUAAAUUUGGAUUGGUUACGUUCAACAUUUUUUCACCAAAAAGCAUCUCACUCAAAGAAUUCUGCAUUUUCCUUUGGGUUUCUGAAUUUACACAAAGCCUUUCUGGAGACACUUGAGUUACAUCUCUAUUUCAAGUACACUAAGACUUCUUAAUUUAUGACAUGACUUUAAAUGAAACCUCAUAUUCUUUUUCAGUUGGAAGGUGACAGUUAUCAACUUCAAGUGAAGGGCAGCCUUUCAUAAGCGCCUUCUUUGAACAUAUUCUUUAUUCAGCCUUGUGUUAAAUUAUACAGUAUGUAUACUUCUAACAUAGUCCAGGAUCUUGGUACAAUACUGCUGUUCCAUUAUUGAAACCUUUCUGGGUGCAAAGUUGUAGUCUACCAGUAUUGUGUGCUAGCAAAAUUGGUUGCAAGGAGAGUACUGAAUAACUUUCAUUGUACUGUAACAUACCUAACUUGAAGAGAAGUCUGUGCCUUUGUGUACAUAGUGCUUGGUUUCUUUUAACCUUUGAAUUGUGAAAAAUGUAAUGUUAAGCCAUUAUCUCAACUAUAUAGCACUGAAGUUAUGUGAACUCAACUGCAGUUGCUGCUACAAACUGCAAAUUACUUCAAAAGCUGGAGAUAGCAUCUUUUUCCUGAAAUAGCAUCUGCAUAUACUGCUAUGCAGCAUUUUUCAUUGAAUAAGUAUUAACUUUGAAAAUAUACUUCAUUGUCCAAUGUAAUAUUUAUGUUCUGUGUUAAGUCAAGUUCUUACACACUCACUGGAAUGAUGUGUCCUUUCUUAUUCAAAGUUAAUAGGUUUACUUGGAUUUAAAUUGCUCCUAAUAUAGUAAAAUAGUGGGUAUCUUGAUGUAAUAUAGGAAAUAUAAUUCAUAUUGUCUGUGUUUCAACAUUACAGCAAGAUUGGGAAAUGCAUUAUGGAGCUAACACUAAUCGUGUAAAUGCAAAUUACCAAGAAAAUGACUGCUGGUUGUCACUGAACAGGACAAAGCAAUUACUGUGACUAUUAUCACCUGACCAUGUACUACGUUUGAACAAAACAUCAACAAUAUUUGUGAGCCUAAGGUCUCAUGUUAGAAUAGAAUUAUAAUUUUUCUUGUUCAAGAAAUGGUCAAAGUAGUCUCUAAUACAUAUAUAAUUGGGUUUUGUAAUUAUAUAUAUAAAAAAGUUUAUAUGGCACUAUGGUACUUUGAGUAAGUUUUCCUUUUUACAGAUUUUGUAAAAAUCAAAUAAAAGCAUUUUACUCCUCCAGUGCCAUGUUCAUUUGAUAGAUAUGAUAUAUUACUGGAAAAAAACAGCUUAAACGCUUUCAGUAAUCAAAGAAUUAGGCUGCAAUCUUACACUGCUUACCUCAGAACACACACCACUAAUCUCAGUGGAAUUUACUUUUAAGUAGACUUGUAUAGAAUUGUGUUGUAAAGGAAGCAUAACAAAACUUUCUUUUUAAAUUAAGGCUGAUAUGUAUAUGAUAAAGACAAGUAAUCAUUUCUCACCUGUGUUCAUAACCCUGCUAUUAACCAAGAGUUCUAAAAUAAAUGAGGUGAAAAAUA